AAUGAAUGUGUUAAACGAAGUCAUAAUAAAUAAUCUCCUAACCGAAACAAGCAAUUACCAUUAGCGGCAAAGGCGGUUACCACCAAAUUAAAUCACGCCAUCAAGCAGAAUUCCAUUUUCAAACAUUAAAAAAACAAGCUCGUGGGAAAGCUUCAGAGGUUUCAGUGCCCUCAGUUCGCUCCCAACCGCCAGGGGGAACGCGCGCGCGUUCGCAUCAAAAACGCGGGAACUCUCUUGACGUGAAACUUAAACUUUCUCAACAUUAUGUGACAUUCGAUAUUAUGAGAGUUCGGGCGCGAGUGUAAUUUGAACAAAAUGGAUGUACGCUUCUGGAUUCUGUUUUCGUUUGUUUUGUUUACUGAUGUCACCUCUUCGAUGAAGAAGUACUCCCAUCUAAGCGAAUAUCCGGAAAUCAUUACUUUUCAGAGAUCAUUAUUUGACCCGUCUACAGUCGACUCAAGAACAAUGAGAAUUCGUAGGAGCAUUUCCAUGACGAUGUCGCAGCACUUCGGCGAAACCACCGUGAUGCCAGGAGCUGACAUACAUCUCCAGUGCACCGUGAACGGACAGCAUCCGGGGAAAUUCAUCUGGGAGAGGGACGGCAUACUUAUUUCUUCAAAUACAGAUUCAAGGUACGGCAUCAGCCAAACUUUGUCUCCCAAUGGCGGGGUGACGUCACAACUGAACAUAUCACAUAUUCGGGUGGACGAUGGAGGCCUGUACGCGUGCGUUGCUUACUAUGGAGACACUCAGUUGGCGCACCAUGACCGGAUAAAUGUAUAUGGUCCCCCGUAUAUCCGAACGUUGCCCCCAUUCAAGGUUCAAAGCGGCCAGAGUGUCACUCUCAGGUGCCCUUACUACGGCUACCCCGUGAGAGAAAUUACGUGGGAAUACAAGGGCAAAGAAAUAAAGCCUGACAUAUCACAGUCCAGUCGCUACCGACGCUCCGUACCCUCCAGCAUAGAAAUAUUUGGCAGAAAACCCAAGUUAAGAAUCAAAAGAGACGCCACAGUAACCAGCGAUGGUGUAAUAAACAUAGCUAAAGUAAACAAGAAUGAUAAUGGUGGUAGCUACGCUUGCGUCGUGAGGAGCCCUUCGGGGGAGAUGGCUAAGAGAUCUUUUGAAUUACAAGUCGUGGAAGCACCUCAGCUGGAAGAGAUUUUGCUGGCAUCUGACUUGCAAGAAGGACAAAUAGUGCAGAUACAUUGUAAUUUGAAGAGCGGGGAUUCUCCUGUGUAUUAUUCGUGGUUGAAGGAUGGGAAGAAAAUUCCGAAUCAUCUAAAGAUAGUGGAGAGGAGCCUGGAAGUGUUCAGCGUGCUGAUAAUAAAGAACGUCUCGUUGGACCACUGCGGCACGUACACUUGCGUGGCCGCUAACCACGUGGCCAAAGUCAACCGGACUGUCAACCUCUACAUCAAAGUGGCCCCUAAGUGGAGCGAGGAGCCUCAGAAUACGUCAUUGCUCUUGGGACGGAGCGGUCACAUUUCCUGCAGUGCUAACGGCUACCCUCAGCCUCAGACUCACUGGCUUAAGAAAGAUGUUGUAUCGGAGACAUGGCGUCCAGUUCUGGAGGUGGCCGGAGGUGGGGUCCUGAGUUUGUCGAAUGGUUCCUUGAUGUUUGACACCGUGGCGCUGUCAGACGCUGGGCUUUACACUUGCCAUGUUGAAAAUGGAGUUGGGGAAGCGCUUAGCAAGACUAUAUGGAUAUCUGUUAACAAACCCGUUACUUUCGAUACCGUACUAAGGAAUAUGACAGCAAAACUCGGCCAACAAGUCACUAUAGAAUGCCAAGCAAAGGGUGACGAUCCUAUAAGGAUCAUGUGGACUAGGAAUGAGAAGCCAAUUAACCCACUGACACAAAGAGUUAAGAUAUCAGAAGCAAAAACAGACGAAGGUAUAACGAGUGUGUUGGAGCUUUUGCAAACGGAAACAAGCGAUGCCGCCUUGUAUCAAUGCAGGGCGGGCAACCCCUUCGGCGCUGACGUUUACAGCGUCCAUCUCAAUAUUUUAGAACCGCCAUCUCCUCCUACGGACUUAUCAGUAGAUUCGAUCAAAAGUCGGUCAGUGAAACUAUCGUGGCGCGACAUGGCUCGGUCUCUGGCGCAGUAUUACACAGUGCAGAUCACUAAUAGUCAAAGACUGUCAUGGAGUACUGCAAGGGCGAUCAACGUCUCCAGAACAGAUGAAAUCCGCCAUGUCGUGGAAAUAGAAGACCUUCAGCCGUCGACAGGAUACACGGCUAGAGUAGCUGGCGGCAACCAGGCCGAUUUAAGUCUCUUUUCAACGCCAGUACGCCUCACUACUACUGAAGAAGCCCCAACUUCCCCUCCGUUGGCGGUUCAGCUGGAACAGACGGAGUCUCCAGGGGAGAUCAGGGUGCGGUGGCUACCACCACCAGCGGACGCACAUAAUGGACUUAUACUUGGUUAUCGACUUAGGGCGGUGCCACAAUUGAGUGGAAUUAAAGAAAACCAAGAGCCAAGUGAUAAGAUCAUCAAAACAGCUUCAUUGUACUCGAAACAAGAAAACACAAUAACAGGACUGUUGAAAGGAGUCAGGUAUGCUGUGUCAGUUGCGGCCUUUAAUAGUGCUGGGACUGGACCGUUUUCAAUUCCAUUAUUUCAAGAUACCAGGGAAGGUGCUCCAGAAGAAGGCCCGUCGUCAGUGGAAUGUGGUGGUGUGACGUCAUCGGCUCUGCGAGUGAGCUGGCAGCCCAUUCCGCCGCACAAACAGGCAGGAGCACUCAUUGGAUAUACAGUGUUAUAUGCAGCGCAAGGUCGCCAUUGGCACAAUGCAACAACUCUAGUCACGGAGCUUAGACUCCAAGGCCUCUCCAAGUUCACCAACUACACAAUCAAAGUAGCGGGUUUCUCGAACUACGGCCUCGGCCCAUUCUCUUUCCCUAUUGUUUGUGCCACACUACAGGACGUACCCGAAGCACCAGCCGAAAUUAAACUGUUAUCACAAUCAUCCAACGCAUUGCUGGUCAGUUGGAAAAAACCAAACCAACCCAAUGGGAGAUUACUUCACUAUACCGUUUACUGCAAGCCUGCAUCCAGCAAUGACGGCCCACAAUCAUACCGCGUGGACACCCAGCCUAAUACUGAUGCUUACGAAAGAACUCAGACCAUGGAGCUCAAAGGACUAACAGAAGGAAGACAGUACGAUGUUUGGGUUACCGCCAGUACUUCUAUAGGAGAAGGUCCAGAGAGCAGGCGGGUUACCAACACGCCUUCUCAAAGAGUAGUUGCAGGCGUGGCAUCGUUAGGCGGAGAGGUAUCUGUUGCAGUCAGGAACUCCCUCCUCCUGGAGUGCAAGAGCGUUGGCGCUCCACCGCCGAGGACGGUCUGGUACCACAAUCAAAACAUCAUCACACACCAUCCUAGGUUCACCAGAAAUAGAGAUGAUAGUUUGCUGAUCAAAAGUAUUGACCAAGCUCUCAGCGGCAACUACACAUGCCUAGCCAAAAACCUAUACGGGUCUGACUCUGUGGUCUAUCAAGUCAAAGUUUUGCCCUUGCCUGACCCCCCAAGUUUGAGAGUCACGCCUUACAAGGAUUCUGUUGUAGUACAGUGGGACGAAAUACGUGUCUAUAGCAACGAUUCAUUAGGUUAUGGUAUCACUUACAACCUUACCUGGAGGGAAGGUGAUGGCCCGUGGCAAGAGGCUUGGCCGGUAGCUAGAGAGUCCCGACUACCAGGAGUCCAACAACAUACUCUGAUUGGUCUUAAGUGUGGGACUAAGUAUUCAGUGAGGGUCACCGCCACAGAUUCCGUCGGAACGUCUAUUCCUGCUCAAGCCGAUGUUAUGACAUUAGGAGGUGCACCAGUCCCCCCUCCCUCCACCGACUGGUUAUGGAGCAACGCGUCUCACAUCUACAUCCAACUCAGCGGCUGGGAUGAUGGCGGCUGUGACGUCACAAAAUGGGACGUGGAAUAUCGGCCUCUGGGCUCCAACCUAUGGCACAGAGCGGAGAAUAAAGCACCUGUCGAUAUGAACAUGGGUUGGAGUUUCUACGAAGGCCUGUACCAAGCUCCUCCCCUUCGCGCAAUGCCGACGUCUUUUGCAAUUGGAUCCCUCUCUCCAGCGAAUUGGUAUCAGCUGAAAGUGACUGCUACAAAUGACGCUGGAGUUGCAUCCACCGUUUACACAUUUGCCACGAAGAAUGUGGACGGAGAAGAAAUUGGGCCCCCGUCAGACAUGUUUGAUCUAAACAUGCUUGUCAUCAUAUGCAGCUCCAUUCUCCUUGUCGUCUGCGUUUUUGCCUUUAUUUGCAUCCUCUUCAGAAGACAUAGACAAAACUUCUCGUCCCAAUACCGUCACUCCAUAGCUGAGGACGUGAAGUCCCGCAACGAGAGCAUGACGUCACAGUCGGAGCACAAGGAGCGGUAUGCGCACACGCCGCGGAUAUACACGUCGCCAGUUCAUAACAGGAAGACCAGCAAAAAUGAAAUGUUCGAGAUUAGUCCCUACGCCGAGUUUGCCCUGGGUUUCCGAACCUUUGAUCAUGUGGAGAAUCAAGACUUGCCAAGCCGGCUGCCCGGGCGCCCACGAUUUGACACAGAGACCAGCUUCCAGGCUCGCUCCGAGUCGGAUGACAGUGACAGCACUUCGAAAGCUACUAUGUCAGCGAUUCCGCGAAGACACUGCCGCACACCGCAUCACAGAUAACAACUGAAGCAUUAAAUUA